GGCUGCUGCCGCAGCGAGCCCCCUUUUUUUGCAGCUGUCAUUAUUUUGGCCGCGAACUUUGGGGCCCUCCGCUCGCCUCUCCGCGUGCCGAGGAACCGGGCGGUCGCUCGCUCGCGCCGCCGCCGCCCAAAGCGGACCGGCGAGAAUUUCCACUCCGAGCCGACGCCACUGCCCGUGGGAAUUUUUUCUUCCAUCUCCCACGAAAGCGAUUGAGAGCAGCGAAACUUCGUUAAGUUCUUAUUCCACUUUACGCGACCACGCGCGUGCCAUCCCACGGUGAUUCAGCCGCAACGGGAUAUGCUGCUGAACACCACCGCUACCCCGAGCGAACGAUCGUCAAUGGCUCUCCAUCGCACGUGAAGCCGACGGUCCGAGAACCCUCGCUCAGAUCUCCUGUCAUCUGUGCGGCGGCACAGGUGGAGUGGUUAAGUGAGUGAGUGGGUUGGGUGGAGUUGGGGUGGAGUUGGUGGUGGAGUGGGGGGCCACCCCCCACGACCAUGCGCACGGCUGCCACCGUCCUGAUGGAGGACGCCGGCUCGCGCGGCGUUCGGAACGGCGGCACGUCGCUCCUGGGCAGCAUCGUCCUGGCUCUGCCUCCCGCGGGCUCGGCCCGCCUACGCCUGAGCUUAGGAAGGAAGUCGGACGACUAUUUGGACGCCCAGACGCCCAACCUCAAGAGCGGGUCAUGCGAGACCCUGAGCGUGCACAGCACGACCAGCGGGGCGGGCGGCGUGACUCUGCGCCAGCCGGCCAAGAACCGUGCCCGCAACCGCUACAGCAAGCGCUUCUCUCAGGUGUUCGGCCGUGGCGGUGCCGGUGCCGGUGCCGGCGCGGGCGGUCAGGCCACACCGCCGCCGCCGCCGCGGGGCGGCUCCGUGGCGGCCGAGGUGGGCGGGCGGCACACGGAGGACCCCACGGAGCUGUCCACCCAGGUGACGGCGCCCGGCGUGCUCAAGAUCUUCGGCGGGGAGAUCUCGGCGGGCGCCAACUACAAGAGCGUGCUCGCCACGCCCGCGUCGUCGGCGCAGGAGCUCGUGAAGGAGGCGCUGGAGCGCUACGGGCUGGAGCGCUCGCUGGCGGGAGACUACGUGCUCUGCGAGGCCGUGGGACGCACGACCGCCGGCGCCGAUGGCAUCGGAGGCGGCGGCGGCGACGGUGCCGCGGCGACCGGGGAGGCAUCGACGGGGGCCCCCGGCGGCGGCGAGCCCUGGCGUGCCGAGUGCCUGCGCGCCAUCGCCGACUACGAGAAGCCGCUGCUCCUUCAGGCCCUGUGGAAGCCACGGGAGGAUACUCGCGGAGGCUCGAGCUGCGGCCUCGUGCCAAGGUGGAGGAGUCGGCUGGCGAGCGAGACACCCUGACGGCCGGCAUCAACGCGCAGGCGCGGCGGCUGCAGAUGAGCCGCGCGCGCGUCUCCACCGUGAUGAGCGCCUCGCCGCAACUCGGCCCGCCCACGGUGCCCAACGGCGGCUACGCCGAGUGGAUCGCGUCGGCCAGCGACCUGCG